AUGGAGAGGAUAGAGAUAUCAGAAUGUGCGUUUGCAGAUGAUGUGGUGCUGAUGUCGGGAAGUAAGAGGGGAAUACAGAAAAAUGUGGAUAUCUGGUAUGAAACAUUGAAGAAUUAUGGUAUGGAAAUCAAUAGAAAGAAGACAAAAAUACUAAGAGUUUCAGAGGAGGAGGAUGAAGUGAGGGUGGAAAUAGAGGGAGAGGUGAUACAGCAGGUAGAACAGUUCAUCUACUUGGGGGUCAGUAUUGAUAGGAGGGGAAAUCAGGAAGGAGAGUUGAAUGAUAGAAUAGAAAAGACCAGCAAACUUUACCACGCCAUGAAUAAGAACUUCAUCAGGAAGAGAGAAAUAGCCGAGAAAACUAGAUGA